AUGAAGCGCGGAAAUGGCUUCGCCGACGACGGACCACCCAGCAAAUACCGUCGCAGUGACGAUCCAAGCAAGCUGCUCCGCGUUCUCAUACCAAGUCGAGCGGCCGGGCCCAUAAUAGGCAAGGGCGGCGAGACUAUUAAAGAUCUUCGGGCUCAGUAUUCUGUUCGUCUUCACAUUCCUGAUAGCAGGGGCCCAGAACGGGUUUUCAAUAUGGAGGGUGAUAGACCAAACAUAUGCGGCUGCCUUAGGGAGUUAACCGAUGUCCUGAUGGAUGUUUUGUCUGCAAAGAAUGCUGAUCAGCGUUUACUGGAAGGGCGAAAAGACGACGAAGGAAAUGAUCUCGAUCCUGCCAAGCUUCUGGAUCUCCGCAUUCUUAUUCAUCAUAGUCAAGUUGGAUCAGUGAUUGGUAAGAGUGGAGACAAGAUAAAAGAGCUACGCGAAAAGCAUCGAAUGCAAAUAAUUAAGAUAUACCAGGAGUUUGCUCCUCGUUCAACGGAUCGUGUACUCCAGCUGAUCGGUGAACCGCAAAAUGUCUUCGCAUGCGUAGAAGACAUCAUGGAGACAUUGGAGUCGGCACCUCCUCGUGGUCACCGCAGCGACUAUGAUGCAAAUAACUUCGAUGCGGACUCAAUGCCCGCCUAUGACCGGUACAUGGGACCUCCACCGCCACCUCCGCCGCCCUAUGGCUACGAUGGUCCCUAUUCGGGAGGUGGACCAGCUCCGCCACCCCCGCCACCAUACGGUGUUUAUGAUGAUCGUGCAUACUAUGACCGCGGGUACGCGAGACGCGGUCCACCACCUCCGUCUAGCGGUUACAGACGCUAA